GAUGUUAGCAGUGUUUCGUCGAGGAUAUCCUUGUAAACAAUUCGACAAUAAGGGGGGCACAGACGUCGAUUUCUUUUUGCCAGUAUGCACCACAUUAUGGCUCUUGUUUUGCUAUGUGCGACUGCUAAAGCAGGUCUACAGGAGCCGCAGCUGGUUUACCCACGCCUUCUGGAAGGGCGCUCUUCAGAUGGCAGGUUCGUCUUGCACGUGCACGACGACCUCACACUCAACCUCGAAAGGGCAUCAGUAGCGGCUCCGAAACUUCGUGUUCUUGAAGAAGAAAACGGUGCUUCGGUGACACAGGUGUAUGACGGACAUGAAAUCAACAGUGACCUCUACCAGGAUCGAGAUCAGUUGGCGACAGUUUCAGUGAAGAUGAGCGGAAGGAGCGCUGAAGUUGCAGGUAUAAUAGGACCAAAUCACAGGAUCGAACCGGUGCCAACAAUGGAGCGCUCGGAGUCUGGUCUCAUUCCGCACAUGGUCUACGAAAUCCAGCACGAAAAAGUAAAUGACAAAGCGCUGUCCUUCGUUGAAAAGGGUUCACGUUUCACUGCGAGAAAUGCUGAUGUCAAAGAAAGCGUUCCACGGGAAGUCGUCGUUGAAGUCUUCGUUGUUUCAGACGUGCCUCAUCACAAUCACUUCAAGAGCACAAAAGAAGCAUUGGUGUACAUCUGCAUGAUGAUGAACUCCGUAAACCUGCGGUUAACUGACAUGAAAAGCCCUAUAGUGAGGCUCGUUUUAACUGGCCUGGAAAAGCCUACGUCAGAGGACUAUUUGCACGGCACGGGUGAAUAUAUGCACAGCUCUAGAACAAUAAAAGAAUUUCAAGGCUAUGCCCAUAAGAAGAAAAUUGAUUUUGGCAGUCCGGACAUUGUAUAUCUCCUUUCCGGACGUAACGUUGUUGCGGAUGGAAGCGGUGGUAAAUUGGACACGAGUAGUUCAGGGAUUGGCUACGUUGGUGGAAUAUGCACGAGCUACUACGUUGCUCUCGGUGAAGACAUUCCAGGUCUAUUUACUGGAAUGCACACAAUGACGCACGAAAUCGCCCACGUGCUGGGUAGCGUGCAUGAUGGAAGUGGUCCGAGCUCUGCUAUCGAAGGACACCCAGGAGCUGUCCGUUGUCUGUGGGAUUACGGAUACAUCAUGAGCUACGUCGACAAUGGCCCAAACCAUCAUCAGUUCUCCUACUGCAGCUUGAAGCAGAUACAGUAUGUCCUCACGUAAGGCAUCCUUUGCUCAUUUGUUUGACUUGCUGUGAUUGCGAAUAUGACCUGUUUCAUUUCAGUGCUUCGUGAAUUUUUUUUCGCGCGCUGCCGUCGACAAGAUUUUCGAUAAGAGUGUUCGUUUGUGACUUAUUUUUGUCGAGCUGCGUCUCUUAGUUAAGAAAGAAAAGAACAUUCAGCUCUCAUCAUCAGCCUAUAUUUAUGUCCACUUCAGGACGAAGGCCUCUUCAAGCGAUCUCCAAUUACCCCGUCUUGUGCUGAUUCUAACUUGCACCUGCAAAUUUUCUAAAUUCAUCACCCCACCUAGUUUUCUGCCUUCCUCUACUGCGCUUUGCUUCUCUUGGUAUUUAUUCUGUAACUCUAAGGGUACACGCAUUACAUGGCCUGCCCAGUUCCAUUUUUUUCUCUUAAUGUCAAUUAGAAUAUCGGCUUUCGCCGUUUGCUCUCUGAUCCACACCGCUCUCUUCCAGUCUCUUAAAGUUAGGCUUAACAUGUUUCGUUCCAUCGCUCUUUGCGCAGUCCUUAACUUGUUCUCGAGCUUCUUUGUUGACCU